UAGGAAAUACAAAAGGUAGAGUAAAAAGAAAUGGAAAAGGAAGUACAGAAGAAGGAGGAGGAGGAGACGGAAACGGCAGAGCAGGAGAAGGAGAAGGGGUUUGCUUGAACCAAGGGACCUGCAUCUUGCCGGACGUCUGCGCUUGCAAGGAAGGUUACUUCGGGAAGCGCUGUGAGAAGGCUGUGUGCGACGGUGCCCUGCCAGAAAUGACCAAUGCUUACUUCCAUCACGUCCUCUCCAAGGACUCAUCCACCGAGGAUAAAAUACUAGCUCGCUGCGUCGUAGGAUAUGAGUUCAAGGACAAGACGAAUGAGCAGGAACUCACGUGUCGAGGAGGACGCUGGGGUGUCUCUGAGGAGAAAGGGAGCGAGUGUUAUCCUACGUGCAAGGACCCCUGUGAUCCUCCUUUGGUCUGCGUAGGACGGGAUACAUGCGGAUGUUCUCAGCAAUUCGGGGGAUCUUCCUGUGAUUCUGUGAUGGGCGGGAUCUGCGAGGGGGCGUUGCCGGAUGUCAGCAACGGCAAGAUCCAGAGAACCAACGACGUCAUCAAGGUGAUAUGCGACGCGGGAUACAAAAUGAGGAACAACAAGACUAAGAACCUGAUCACCUGCGAGCACGGCUUCUGGCGCGUGUCCGGCCUGCCCCACUCGAGGUCGGUCGUCGAGUGCCAGGCCCAGUGCGAGCCCCAGUGCCUCCCCGAGCAGGAGUGCACCGCCCCGGGGAUCUGCAAGUGCCGCCUCGGCUUCAAGGGAAUAAACUGCCAGGAAAUAGACCCCGUGGGCGGGUACUGUCCUGAGGCCCUUCCGUUUGUCGACAACGCCAUCGUCAGCCUCAACAGAACGGUCGAAUGCCUCCGGGGAUUCACCUUCACCGCCGGGGAAACGACAUCGCAACUCUUCUGCGCUCGAGGCCAGUGGAUCCUGCCCUGGGAGAGGAAAGGGUGCCUCCCUCGAUGCGCCAUUGAGUGCCAGAACGGCGGGACUUGCGUGGCACCUAAUAUGUGCGAGUGUCCAGAUGGCUAUGAGGGGCAUCAUUGCCAAAUCGCCAUCUGCAGAGCUCGGCUGGAAGUGCAAAAUGCCAUCCUGUGCAACAAAGAUGCCGGUCUGACGGUCACUUGCACCAGUGGCUACAGAUUAACCACAGGAGCAAUGAGUGUGGAGAUGAGCUGCAAGAACGAAUCCUUGGCAUCGGCCGACCAUGGUGAGAUCCCCGAAUGCGUACCAGUGUGCUGGCAUGAGUGCGAGAACGAAGGCAAGUGCGUGGCACCCAACGUCUGCAAGUGCCAGGAAGGGUACUGGGGCAAGCACUGUGAGAAACGGAAGUGUAUUCAUCCAACUGAGAUAUCCAUUGCCAUUUUUACGAACAGGCUAAGCCAGGCCACAAUAGCGUGCCCUCGCGGAUACAAGUUACCCACCGGCGAAACCAGCUUCGGAGGCAUCACGUGUCGCCAGAGGGACGGGGUUUGGGUGAUUCCGCGCAAGUAUCAGCUCGCCCCACAUAUCGCUCCGCAUCCGUCCUCCGCGAAGGCCCCUCGCUACCAUUCCGUCGGCUGCGUGUUCUCCUGCGAUCCGGGGUGCGAGAACAACGGAACGUGCGUCGGGGAGAACGUGUGUGUGUGUCCUGAGGGCUUCCGUGGCAAGACUUGCGAGGUGGGGAAGUGUGACGCAGCGCUUCCUCACGUAAAGAAUGCUGUCUUUUACCAAGAAAGCCUGAACGAAGGCCGAGCCGAGUGCCUCCCAGGCUAUAAAUUCCCCAACAACAAAAGAACAGCUGCCUUCCAGUGCCAAGGAGGAGUCCAGUGGAGCUUCAGUGACCUCGCGAUGACCCCGACGUCCUGCGACCCGAUUUGCCAGGAGGAGUGCCGCAACGGGGGUUCCUGCGUGGCACCGGAACAGUGUCUCUGUCUCAGGGGCUUCAGCGGGAGGUCCUGUGAGGUGAAUGAGCGCGGGGAGUGCCCAGAUCUGCCGCGGAUCCCUUACGCCUCCGUGACCAGGGACCACGAGAAAGGGAGUGCAAUGUGCUAUCGAGGAUACAUAGUUGAUCUAGAUAUGGAUAGUACAUCCUUCGACAUUACCUGCACGAACAAAGAGUGGAAGAAGAACCAGCACUACCCCCUUUGCCACCCGUGUCUACCCUCCUGCCACCGUGGGAAAGGGUGUCAGAAUGGUGGCACAUGUGUGGGUGCCAGUGCCUGUGAGUGUAGGCCAGGCUUCACGGGGAAAGAGUGCGAGAACCUGCUACAGGAGGCGUGUGAGGAGCGGCCGGUUUGGCCAAAUGCUCGUCUUCGGGAGAGCACGGAGCCCCAAGGAAUCCUAACGGCACAGUGCCACGAGGGAUACACACUGUCUUCCGGGGUAAAGGAAGUGCCUCUCGUGUGCCAUCAAGGGACGUGGAAGAGCGUGGCACCCACACACCCCAAGGACCUGACGGAGGGUUGUCAAUUUGAGUGUAAUGUUGACUGUUAUAACGGGGGCUCGUGUGAUGGACCGAACACCUGUGUCUGUCCUGAGCUCUUCCAGGGAGACACCUGUCGGGAACUUGUCCUUGGCACCUGUUCUGCUUUUGUGGAAAUCGAAGGUGUUGAAGUUUCUUGGAACGAUACAACAGUGACCUUCUGGUGUAACGAUGACCUUGAACUCACCAAGAACACGAACGAGGUCACGGUAUGGUGCGAGGAAGGGACCUGGGCUCUCCCCUUCGGCUGGACCUGGAAACUUGCGUGUAGCUCGUCAGGUCACUCACCAUGUCCUCCUCCAGCGCCACCCAGUUUCGCUGUUAUAGAGGAAGACGCCUCGGGAACCUACGUCGUGUGCUCCAAAGGCUUCCUGAUCAACAACGACACCUCGAUCGUGGACCUGAAGUGCCAGGGCGGGGAGUGGCAAGCGGACAUCGGCGCCCGUACAGUCCCCGUCAGGAGCGUCGUCUGCGCCCCGGCCUCCUGCGACGGAAACUGCACGGGUUCCUGUCUGCACGGGGGAUUCCUGCACAAGGGGAAGUGCUCGUGUCCCGCAGGAUACUCUGGGGAUCUGUGCGAGAUGAAGGACUGUGAGAGGCGUUCCCUGGACGCGAGGGGGCCUGUGAGGACUCGUUUCAACAAAAAUCUUGAAGGUGUGGCCUACUGCCUCCCAGGAAACAGAUAUCCUUCAGGAAAGACCUCUGUAGGAUUCGUCUGCCUGGAUGGAGUCUGGCGAUUCCUUGAGGACUACAUCGGCCACUCCUUCGUCGAGUGCCUGCCGGAGUGUCAGGAUCCUUGUCGUAACACUGGCACCUGCGUGGCCCCGGACACUUGUCGCUGUCACCAUGGGUUCUCCGGUUCGGCUUGUGGGACUUGUAAAGACGACAACCCCGUUAUAACAACCACGGGCCACCUGUGCGUUUUCCCAUUCGAGUUCCAAGGUCGUCUCCGCUACGAAUGCGUCCGCGACUCUGAGGACGACCUGCCUUGGUGUGCGACGAAGACGACCUCCGAACACAAGAUCUCUUCGACGGGAAUCUGUCUGUUGGAUUUCGGUUACAAGAAAGUGACGGUGACUGAGAGUGGCCAGGUGUGUGUGUUUCCGUUCAGACAUGAGGGGAGACUGCAUUACACUUGCGCAAAGCAGAAUCUACGGACCUUCUGCGCAACCUCGACCGACGCCAGGAAAAACAUUCUUACACAGGACUUCUGUUUGUCUGUGAAGAAUGAACACUCUCCAGCUGAUUCUCUUUUCGCUCCUUUCGAUAAAGAUGGAUUCAGGAAGAUAAUCAAAACACUAGAUGGGAGCAAUUGCAAGCUUCCCUUUAUUCAUGGCAGCAAGACGUACCACACUUGCGUCUAUGAGGAAGGAAAACACCCGUAUUGUGCCUCGGAGGUUGACGGCGAAGGGAAGCUGUUAAAAUCUAAGGACUGCACGCCACAUUUGAGUGCAACGAUCACCCUACAGGGCAAGGCAUGCAUCUUCCCCUUCAAAUACCAGGACAAGCUGUACUACGGUUGCACUGCAGAGGAUUCGUUCAACCUCUGGUGUGCCACGUCGGUCGCCCCCGACAGGAAAGCCCUAGACUUCGGAGACUGCACGGAGAACUGGGCAUAUGAGUACGAGCUUCCCAAGCCGUGGGACUUUGACGAGAAAAAGUGUGAGUAAGAAGAAAAACUAAUCUAGAAGACGAAUCAUCUGCAAUUUUCCG